AGGCGAAUGCAGCCCAGAAAGGAGCACAGAAGCAACCAGUCCGCAAGGAAACAUCCCCAAAGCCAAAAGGAAACCACGCGCAAAGCGCUUUGCACAUCCCCGCCCUCCUUUCCGGAGGGAAACAGAUCCGCCGCGUUACCGCCCGUUUGCUCCGGCCCCGUUUGAACUCGCCCACCCGGGUCGGUCCCUCCCAAGCGCGUCGGAUGCUGCUUGGACGAGCAGAAGCGAAACCGAAACGGCAACCCUGCGGCCACCAUGCGGACAGGCUAUUGCGGCGCCUUCCCGUGGCCCCUCCUGCUCUUGCAGCAGUCUACCUGGGCAGCUCUGAAGGUGUCCGUGCCCCCAUCUCCAUUCCGUGCCUUGCCUUUCUCUGAUGUAUGGCUGCCCUGUACCUUCUCAGACUCUGCAAGGCCCAUAAUCCUGCAAGGCCUGAGUGUCACGUGGAAAAGAGGUGACCAGGUCCUCGCCAAGUAUCCGGACAAAUUCAAGCCAACGAGGCCAGGGGCAGCGAUGUCCACGGAGCUGCUGCAAGCGGGCAAUGCUUCCCUGCUGCUCCCGCAGUUGCAGGACACGGAUGCUGGUGUUUAUUCGUGUGCUGUUAUUUUCACGCCUGAAAAAACCGAGGGAAGCUUUGAGUUGAAGCUGGAAGCUAAGCCACAGAUAGCACUUGGAUCCCCAAAGCUGCAGCUUGCCAAACGGGCCGAAGUAACGUGCACAGCGUCUGGUUUUUACCCUGGUGAUAUCUCUGUGGAAUGGCUGAAAGACGGCGCGGUUGUGACAGGCCCCCAAAUGUCCCUUCAGCAGGACAGUCAGAAUGGCUUGUAUGAUGCGAGCGCCAUCCUGGAACUCACCCCGGACUUUGCUGAUGCAAACGCGAGCUUCUCCUGUCGCGUCAGACACAAAUCGCUUGACAGCCCGCUCGAGGAAAACUUCCAGUUGCAAUUGCAAGCUUUCCCAAGCCUUCAGGUUUUCACAACGGUGUCAGGGAGCACCCUUGAAAUGCUUGCGUGCCUGGCGAAUGGAUUUUACCCCCAGGAUGUUCACGUCGGUUGGCUGCGAAAUAGGGUGAUGCAACCGCCAAUAGGAUCUCCACCCCAGAGGCUGCCGAAUGGGACGUUCUCCUCGUGGAGCAUGAUCCAGCCCCAAGAGAUGGACCCCAAAGUCAGCUACGUCUGCCAGGUGCAACACGAAAUAUGGGACUCUCCCCUGGAGUUGGCGGCCCACUGGCAACCAAAAGGAGGUAUUGGACCUUCUUGCCCUACACCCGAGCACCCCCGGAGUUCGGGGGCAGAAGGGAGGUCCUGUUCAUGCUCACCCACGCCCUCCCCUGCAUGUCCAACUUCUGCUACAGAGACGGUUGCUGUUUGGAGUUGGCUGGUAUUUGGAAUCGGAUUGGCGCUUUGCUUCACAAGUGGAAUCUUUCUGUAUAGAGCUAAGAAACGGAGGAAUAUGUCACAUCCAGAGACCCAAAACAAGAACCGCCUGAGCUCUGAAUCAGCAGGACUCCCACUGAAGCCAGCAACUGACAAUACAUUGAUGUGAAGCCGUUUUGCAGCACCCUGGCAAACUCCUGUUUGAGUCGGACUGCUUUCCUGAAUCUUGGAGGGUGUAGCUCACAGAUUUUGAUGCAUCUGGGGCUCUUUAUUCAGCAAGCUGUUUUGGUGGCCUACAAAGUAAAGUGCUUGAAUUGGACAAGUA